ACUGAGUGCAUCGCAUCGUACAGCGUUUUCUGUUGGCUGCGAAAUUGUCCAGUAUGGACGAGAAAAUAAUCAUCAUCGGUGCCGGAGCAGCGGGAAUCGCCUCUGCUGCACGACUUUACAAGAAAGGAUUUCGAAACCUGGAAAUUCUGGAAGCAACGAACCGCAUCGGGGGACGCAUCCAAACCGUUCCUUUUGGGGCCAACGUGGUCGAUCUGGGUGGCCAGUGGUGCCAUGGUGAGAAAGGGAACGCCGUGUACCAGCUGGCUGGUCCGCUGGGCCUGCUGGAAUCGUCCAUCGUUUCCGACGACAACGUGAUACUCCGAAGCAACGGUGAACUGGUUCCGCAGGACAUCGCCGAUCGAAUGAUGGCCAUUUCCGAGAAAAUUAUGGAAUCGAAAGAAAUUGAGAGGUACACGGGCACCCUGGGACAGUACUUUACGGAACGCUUCAUGAAGACGAUGGAACUGCCCAAAAAUCGUGACAUUGGCGAGGAGCUUAUUCAGCAGUUUUUGGCUUAUUUUCAUAACGAGCAGCGCGGGUUUAUUGCGAUUGACUCGUGGUACAAUCUGACGGCUGCCGGAAGUGCCGCGGACGAGGAGUGCGAAGGUGAUCAGGAGCUCAGCUGGAAGGGCAAAGGAUACAGGAGUGUGUUGGAGCUGCUUUUGCGGAGACAUCCAGCCCAAAACGACGUAUCGAUUCCUGUGGAAAAAUUCACCAAAUUCAACAAAUUUGUCACCAACAUCAGCUGGUAUAACGGCCCAGAUCGUCCCCUGGUCGUAACAUGCGCAGACGGUACGCAGCACGAAGCUGCCCACGUGAUCGUGACCAGCUCGAUCGGUGUCCUGAAAGAGAAUCUACGAACCAUGUUCACUCCCCAGUUGCCGAUGGCCAAACAGAAAGCCAUCAAGGGAAUCUACCUGGGCACGGUGAACAAAAUCAUCAUGGAGUUUGGCAAGCCAUUUUGGAAGUCUUUGGGCAACGUGUUCGGGCUGAUGUGGGAGCAAGAGGACCUGGAACAGUUGCGGCACUCGAAGUUCGCCUGGACCGAGGGAGUUUCGAUGUUUCUUAAGGUGGACCGUCAACCGAACCUCUUGGUUGCGUGGAUGAUUGGCUCGGAAGGACGGCAAGCGGAACAGCUGCCCGAUAAGGAGAUUAUCGACGGAAUGAUGUUUCUACUGAAAAAGUUUUUCAAAAAUAAGGACGUGGAGAGACCAAUCCGGAUGAUCAGAUCAAAAUGGUCCAGCGAUAAGAACUUCCGGGGGUCCUACUCGAGCCGAUCGUUAACCACGGAAGCCCUCAAGACAGGACACGAUAAAAUGGCGGUACCGGUUAAAAACUCCGAAGGCAAGCCUGUGCUAAUGUUUGCCGGUGAAGCCACCAGUGAGGAGUACUUUGGGACGGUGCACGGGGCCAUUGCGAGUGGGUGGCGGGAAGCUGAUCGAAUCGUUGAGUACUAUGAGGAAUAGUGUUUUCUUUUUGAAUUAAAUAUUUCAGAAAAUUAUUAUUAUCUUAAUUUUCACUCUGGUCACCAAUAAAUCUGACCCGAAUUUACUACAAAACCGACCUAAAACAAACUUAUUAUCUUGAAAAAAAUCAACUGACCGAUUCUUUGGCUCCGUUUAUUUAUUUCGU